AUGUCUUGGAUGAAAGGAUUUAAACAUUUAGGUGCGAUUCGAGUGUUGUUACCCUGGGUUUUAAUGACCAACGUCAUGCUGGUCCUGUACAACUUGUCAAACUCAAACCAAGUGACUGUCAGGAUCUCCCAAGAAGAAACAUGUCCUCUCAGUGUUGCAAAAUCGUUGCAGAACAGUUUAACAACGGGCUUUCCGAACUCUAAAUCUGAGGCGUGCUCCCCCAAGGUGAACAUCAUGUUCAUGAAGACCCAUAAGACUGCGAGCAGCACCAUCCUCAACAUCCUCUUCAGAUUCGGGGAAAAGCACAAUCUUAGAUUUGCCUUCCCCGACGGGCGCAAUGACUUCUUCUACCCAUCGCCGUUCCUGUGCUCCCAGGUGAAGGACUACAGGCCGGGGGAGUGUUUCAACAUCGCGUGCAACCACAUGCGCUUCAACCAGGAAGAAGUGGCCAAACUCCUGCCUCCAGACGCCGUGUACAUCACCAUCCUACGUGACCCGGUGGACCUCUUUGAGUCGGCCUUCCAUUAUUACCACAGGGCGGUUCCCCUCACGUGGGGCAUCGAAGGGGACGACAAGCUGACAGAGUUUCUGAACAAUCCACUGGCUUUUUACAAGCCAGAAGCUUUUAACUCAUUCUACCUAAAGAAUCUGCUGUUUUUUGACUUCGGUUUUGACAACAACCUGGAAACCAACAGUUCUCAGAUCAAGAAAGGCAUCCAGUACUUAUCCAGUCACUUUCAUCUGGUCCUCAUAGCAGAAUAUUUUGAGGAGUCUUUGAUUCUUCUCAAGGAUUUACUUUGUUGGAGCAUGGAGGACAUCCUGUAUUUCAAGCUCAAUGUUCGCAAGAGCUCAUUUGUGUCCCGGCUGGACCCCGAGAUGAGGGCCCAAGCUCUGCAGUGGAACUGGGCCGACUGGGAACUCUAUCAGCACUUUAACGCUACCUUCUGGGCCAAAGUGGAGGCUUACGGCAGAGAAAGGAUGGAACAGGAUGUCAAAGAGCUAAGGAGGAGAAAUGCUGAGAUGAAGGCCAUCUGCAUCCAGGGUAAAGAUGCAGUCGAGGCCCAAAACAUUCAGAACUCUCGUUUCCUGCCUUGGCAGCCGAUAGGAGAGAAAUCCAUCCUGGGAUACAACUUGAGACAAGACAUUGAUCCCAAGUUCAGGAUGGUUUGUGAAAAAAUGCUCACACCAGAAAUACAAUACUUAUCGGACUUGGGAGUGAGCCUCUGGAUUACCAGACUGUGGGGUUGGUUAAAGGAUCAAAUUUACUGAUUAAGUUAUUUUUUUAUCAUUUAAUUUAACU